AUGUCCGAGAAACUCCCCUUUGCCCACCCGGCGCCGGAGCACGCUCCCCCUGCCCCGCGCCGCGCACGCCGGAACGCGUGGUGGUCACUUCUCCCCGCCGCCCUCGUUUUGGCAUACCUCCACGCGCCGUCCUCCUUCGGCCUCGGUCACGGUUACCACCGUCAUGGCUCUUCGCCCGGCGCCGCGGCUGCGGGCUGCGGCCAGGUCAAUCCCCUCUUCCCGACCCAAAACUCGACCGGCCUCUCGAAGCUGGACUCGUACCUUGACAGCCCCAAGUUCCGUAACGAGACCGUCGCCCGCCUCGCCGGCGCCAUCCAGAUCCCCACCGAGUCUUUUGACAACUACGGCCUCGUGGGCGUCGACGACCGCUGGGACAAGCUCUUCGCCUUCGCCGACUACCUCAAAAAGACCUUCCCCAAGGUCCACGCCGCCCUCACGCUCGAGCGUGUCAACACCCACGGGCUUCUCUACACCUGGCAGGGUUCAGACGCCAACCUGAAGCCCACCGUGCUCAUGGCUCACCAGGACACCGUCCCCGUCGCGCCCACGACUAUCGACAGCUGGACACACCCACCGUUCAGCGGCGCCUACGACGGCACCUACGUCUGGGGCCGCGGCGCCAUGGACUGCAAGAACUCCCUCAUCGGCAUCCUCGAGUCCGUCGAGCUGCUCCUCGACGCCGGCUUCGCUCCCAAGCGCACCCUCGUGCUGUCCUUUGGUUUCGACGAAGAGAUCUCGGGUGAGCGCGGCGCCGGCCACCUCGCCUCCUUCCUGGUGGACCGCUACGGCAAGGACGGCGCCGCUGUCAUCGUCGACGAGGGCGCCGGCUUUGACAGCCAGUGGGGCAAGGACUUCGCCAUCCCCGGCACGGCCGAGAAGGGCUACAUCGACGUCGAGAUCGUCGUCCGCACCCCCGGUGGCCACAGCUCCAUCCCGCCUGCGCAUACGGGCAUUGGCAUCCUGUCGGACAUCAUCACGCACAUCGAGGCGAACCCCUACGAGCCCGAGCUGAUCCCCGGUAACCCGUACCUCGAGAAGCUGCAAUGUGGCGCCGCCUACGCGCCAGAGUUCCCCGACAGCCUGCGCAACCUGCUCCCCGCCGCCGGCGACAAGCAGGUGUGCAAGAAGAAGACGGACCGUCUGGCGAGGGAGGCCGCCAAGGCCGGGCCCCAGAUCAAGUACCUCUUCACGACCUCGCUGGCGACCGACAUCAUCGAGGGCGGCGUCAAGAUCAACGCGCUGCCCGAGCGGGUCCGUGCCGUGGUGAACCACCGCGUCAACGUCGGUGACAAGACGGCCAGCGUCAAGGAGAGGCUCGCCGAGAUCGUGCGCCCCAUCGCAGACAAGUACAACCUCACCCUGCACGCCUUUGGGGAGGACGGCAAGGCCGAGACGCCGUCCAGCAUCACUCUCAGCGGCAACGACAAGCUAUUGGAGCCCGCGCCCAUCACGCCAACCGAGGUCGACGGCGUCACCCCCUACGGCAUCCUCGCCGGCACCACGCGCGCGCUGUACGGAGAGGACCUCAUCGUCUCACCGGGCCUGAUGACGGGCAACACCGACACGCGGUACUACUGGGACCUGACCAAGCACAUCUUCCGCUUCUCGCCCGGCUACGACGCAGAGAGCGACGAGUGGUCGGGCAUCCACACGGUCGACGAGAGGACGAGCGUCAAGGGGCACAUCAACCUCGUCAAGUGGUACACCAUCUUCGUGAGAAACGUUGACGAGGCAGACUUCUCCUGA